UGAUUGUUUUCAAUUUGUUUUUGUUCUUCCAUUCAUAUACACCUGAUAAUAUCCUGAUUUUCUUUUUCAAAUUGCAAAAGCAAUUUAACCCCCUCAAAAUUUUAUUUCCAAACAAGUAAAAUUUCCAUAGAAUGAUUGAAUUUUUCGUGGGCCUUUCGAAUGUUUACAUCCUAAGUACGGCGACAGUGUUUUUGGCGGUUAUAGUUGCUCUCUAUUGUGCAAAUCUUACAAACUAUGAGGACAAAAAUACAUCAAGUACAAAUGCUGAUGGUUUACAAGAAUCUGAAGUUAUGAAUGACCACACCAAAGAUGAUGGAGCGGAAUCGGAUUCAGAAGUUGAAUUGGCCGAAGGUCUUGUUAGUAAAUUGAAAUCGGUGAGAUUAAAAGAACUUGAAAGUUCUCUCACCGAAGAUCAACUGGAAGAAGAGAAGAGGGUUGAACGAGAACAACUUUCUGCAAUAUUCGAACUUCUUAAGAAACAAGAAGCCGAACUUAAUAUGAAAGAAAUUGACGAAUCGGAAUUAUCAGCCCAAAUGGGUUUAUAUCGUUAACUCAUAUCAACAAUUGAGACAAUAAAAAUAAAUAUUAUUUACUUUAGAUAUUAUAUGUAGGUAUUUAUAGAUCAGGAUCAUGUUUUAAAUUAUUGAAGGUUUCAUACUUUACCUUUAACCUGCUUAAACUUAAACAAAAAAUAAAAACUUAGCUAGUCUGUGGUGUGUAUAAUAUAUAUUAUAAAAAGUAUUUAUUUCUUCUAUCUAUUAAAUGUUGCCAAAAACUUUAAAGUUGAAAUUUGCAUUUACCUAUGUAAUUAUAUUAGAUCAAUGUUUUAGCACCAGUUGAUGGUAGAGAGAAUUAUUUUUGAAUCUAGUCAAUGAAAAUUAUCAGGAAAAUAUAUAUGUAUCUGAUUAGUUUUGAUGAAAGUCUUAUUAAAGAAAAUUCAAAAUAAAAA